AUGUUGGUGCCACGCUUUUCCCUUCAGCAAACCCCGAAUACCGUCAUAGUGACGCGGAAGUCUCUGCGGCCCUACCUCUUAAAGCUUCAGUUCCCACACGCCCUCAAGAACAAUGAAGACGAAGAGAGUCAUUGCCGCGCGGUCUAUGACGCUAAUUUGGACCACGGCACCAUGACAGUGCAUCUCACCAAGGAGGAACCGGGGCGUGUCUUUGAGGACCUGGACUUGAAGACCACGCUCCUGCAGCCCACGCGCUCCUUCUGUGCCCCGUCCACGCCCAUCAGCACGGUGGCAAAGGGCCGCGGGAGUACCACCGCGCCCUGCCCCGGCCCCCCCACCAUCGAGGUGCUACGCUCCCAAGACUUCCCCACCGGCAGCACCUCAGACACGGAGAGCCCCCUUCCUUCCUCUUGCCCGUCCCUCGCCACCGCCCAAGCCGGCGGCACCCCCGACGGAGAGGAGGGUGAGAUUUUUCAUGCAGCGGGCAAAGGGGAGGAAGGAAGCGGCUUGCUGGGCCGCACGCAGUACGGGUUCAACCGGCAGUACCAGGGUGUGUUCGGCGACCUGGGGGGGGAGACGGUGGUGCUGGAGGUGCUCCGUCUGAGAGAUCCAGAGCGGACGCCCGAGGGAGCGAGGGGGGCCAUGCGAGAAGCGGAUGAGGCGGAGGACUUCGACGAGGACAGACCCGGUCUUUGA